UGCCACAACUGUACUCUGUGCACUCUCAAGUUCUGCCAAAAGCCACCGUGUCAGUAAGUCCAUACUACGCUGGAGACAGAGUGUCAGUAAGGUCUUCACAGAGUCCAUACUACGCUGGAGACAGAGUGUCAGUAAGGUCUCCACAGAGUCCAUACUACGCUGGAGACAGAGUGUCAGUAAGGUCUCCACAGAGUCCAUACUACGCUGGAGACAGAGUGUCAGUAAGGUCUCCACAGAGUCCAUACUACGCUGGAGACAGAGUCACUCUGGGGUGUGACAUAGUGAAGUACACAGAUUGGGUUCAGUACACCUGGUACAAUAAUGGCACUGCUAUUCCCUCUGAGACCCAUCAGACCAUCACUGUCACUCUCCCUGAUAAGCCUGGUCAGCACCAGUAUGCAUGUAGGGGCCACCGGCUCACCAGUCCUCAGAUAUCCCAGCUCAGUGAUGCCUUAUCCAUCACUUCAUUAGAGAAGCCCAUGCCUACACUGACCAUAGAACCAAGCGAUGUGGUGUUCAUUGGAGAGACACUCACUCUGAAGUGUGACAUCGAGCAUCAGAAUGACUGGACAAAUAAAUGGCACCUAAAACAUCUGGGGUAUAGAUUCCAGGACAGAGACUUUAAUAUCUGGCAGGGGUUCCUGUCAAAAUUCACAGGAAACACAUUAACCAUCAAAGAAGUGGCAAAGUUUCAUCAGACCACAUACAGUUGUGAGGUGCGGAGGAAUGCCAGCUCCAUGACAUCAUACAGUAGCGAUCCAUUUCCUCUUACUGUCAAAUCCCUACCCAGAGCUAGACUGACCAUAGAGCCCCAGAGUCCUGUGUUCACUGGAGAGACAGUCACUCUGAAGUGUGAGAUAGAGUCUCACAGUGGAUGGACAUAUACGUGGUUCAAGGACUGGAGCCCUAAUCUGGUGUUUGAGUCUGAGGGAAACACCUUCAACAUCACAGCAGCUGCCCAAUCUGAUGAGGGCCAGUACUGGUGUCAGGCAGAGAGGAGAGACAGACCCACAGCAUCAGACACCAGUACGGUUAUUCUCAGUGUAAAAGGAUCAAAGCCCAAUCUCACAUUAAGUCCAGGCCACCAGCUCCUCACAGGAGACUCAGUGAAUCUGACAUGUGAGUUGGGUGUUUCCUCUGGUUUGGUGUUCUACUGGUACAGAGACACACAGACCUCUGAUCCUGUGGCCCAGACUGAUGGAAACUCCUACAGCAUCAUCUCUGUUCAAGUCUCUGAUGGAGGACAGUACUGGUGCAGAGCUGGGAGAAGCAAGGCAAUGUACCACACACAAUGGAGCAAUGGUGACUGGGUCAAUGUCACAGACAGUCCUAAAGCAUCAAUCAUCCUGAAGUCAAACUGGACAGAGUAUUUCAGGGGAGAGAAUGUCUCUCUUCGAUGUGAAAUCCAAGGUGGGGGAGACAGCGACUGGGAGUACAGUUGGUCUGUGGACAGACCUACAGAGGCCUUGGCUAGUUCUGCACAGGAGUAUACCUUUGCCUUUGGACGUGACGCCGGAGUAACUAAGCCUUUGGACGUGACGCCGGAGUAA